AUGGUUAUCCCACAUAGUACCUCCUGGUCUUUUCCUUCACCACUCGGUGAAGCCUGCUCAAGAAGGGAUGUGACUGCUAUACAUGAUAUACUAGAGAAUAUCGGCUAUAAAGACGAUGGAAUGACAAAUGAGUUCAUUGAUUUUGGAACAAUGGUUUCUCCAACAAUUUUUGCCCGGCGUAGUUUGUCUUAUCUCAUGAGUGACAAGCCUCAGGAAGCUAUAAACAAUGCAAUGCAAGCACAAUUUAUUGAUGUUGGAAUGAUGGUUUCUCCAACCGGGUGUAGUUUGUCUUAUCUCAUGAGUGACAAGCCUCAGGAAGCUAUAAACGAUGCAAUGCAAGCACAAGUAGUUUCCCCACUUUGGCACAUUUCAUGUUAUCUUCAGGCUGUUGCCCUUUCGGCCCUUGGAAUGGACAUUGAAGCUCAAGCAGCACUUAAGGAGGGUACUACGCUUGAAUCCAAAAGGAGUAAAGCAGUUGGACAAAAGUGA